CGUGAAUAUUAAAGUGGCCAGUGAACACAGGGGUGAUGCUUGAUAUACCAAGUCAAUAUAUGCACUGUUGUCUCGUUCCAUUGUGUCACGUUUAUUGUGUUAUUGUGUAAGGCCUAGGGAUCAUUGUUGUGUUCUUUGUGACGUAACUUGAGACUUGCUAUUCUCUUGGUAUAUCGUACACUAGCCGAACCGAAGAGUCUGAACAACAUGCUUUAUGAUGAGGUUUUAACCAGUAACGCAACAAGCAACAGAGAUUAUAAUCGCAGCCCGCUAAACAACUUUGAAUACACACGAGAGAAGGUCUCAAUUUCAUGGGAAAACCUCGAUGUAUUUGUCAAAGUUCCCCAGCCUUCGCUACGGAAACGUUUGCAUUUAAUAACUGAAGAACAUGAAAAACCGACAAGGAAGCAAAUCUUGUACAACCGUAAGUACCUCUUUUAUCUUUCUAUUUAGCUUGUCUUUGCAAACAACUAAUAGGCUCAUUUCAAUGUUCAAAUUUAAUUCAAAAUUUUCCUUUUACGAAACUUAUCGCCAUGCCUGAAGGACACAAACAAACGUAAUGAAUAUGCAUAUUUGUUCAUAUCCUUUGUUUGUGUUCUCUAGACCUCGCCAAAGAAUGAAUGAAGUUUUCACGGUAAAAUUGUAAAAAUGUAUAUUCUUUUUUAAACUUUGUUUCGUACGGCCCAGUUCUGCUUUGGUUGAAAAAAAAAAACAGUUCGUAUCCGAAGCAAUAUUCAAUCAACUAGAAAGCGAAAGUUUCGUAAUUCAGCCAACAAGGAAGUUUAUCGAAGACGGUUCAGACCUACUCCUAUAGCUGCUUAGAGGGUAUAUUAAAUAUCGACUUCCGACGAAUGAAAUCUUAAUUUCGUUACACACUCAGCGAAAAAAGAUUUAAACAACGUUUCGAUGUGGCAAUGACAACAUUAUCAAAUAUAUGAUAAAACUACACCAGACUUGACAUAAACAGUUUGAGGUGACAAAACAAAACAUUAAUGUAACAAAGAAACGCGGUAAAAGUAAAACGUAAAGGGGAUUAAAAAUGCUUUAUUACAAAAUAUCAGUGAGCGGGAAUUUUGGUAACACCUUAUUUACUCGAUAAAGAGCGGGAUGCUUGGUAAAUCCUUAGUUAAUAUCUUGAUGUGGCAACUUUAUCAACGAAAUGCUUCCUUGUGUAUAAUCGGAAGUAAGAAUAAAAGUAGGUUCAACUAGAGUGUCACUUUCAAAUGGUAAGAGUAUCGUCUGACGUCUUCGCCCGACAUGUUUACGCCAUAACUGCCCGUAUCGAACUCCAGCCGUCAGUGAUUUCGUAAUGCUCUCCUUUUUUUGAGAGGGAGAGGUGCAGAGAUGUAUGACCUGUGUAGGAGAUACUACUAUCUUUUUUUUAAUUACAGUGAGUGGAAGGAUUGACGCUGGCAGUUUAUUAGCAGUCAUGGGGGCGAGGUGAGUAUUUUAUAAAUAACAACUGAACAUUAAUUGCAAAGGAUCGCAAAGAAAUUGGAUAGGAUCUACAGCAGAUCUCCUCAGCAAAAAAUGUACCUAAUAAACACAUUGAAGUCUUCAAAGCUUAUCAUACUACGAAAAAAUCAUCUUUGCAAGACAUAAACGCGACACGAUAGAAUCUACACUAAUUGUAAAUAAAGGAUAUUACAUGGCCGCUCGGAGAUAGGAAAUUUCUCUUCAAGUGUUGGAAAAUAGUUCACGAGUGAGCGCAGCGAACGAGUGAAAUAUUUCUUCAACUCAAGAAGAGAAAUUUCGUAUCUCCAAGCGGCCAUGUAAUGUUCUAUUUAUUAUAUAAACACCAAUGAAAUACCAAACCAUUUCACUUUAACAGUUUUUUGGCGUGAAAGGCGCGAUUAAUUAUGUAGCCAUAGCAACGGUGAUCUUUUCACAAGAGAAGAUAACAUGUUAUUUUCAGGUGUGAAGAUAUCAUGUUUUUAUGCGAAAGCUCACCUGGUAUUUCAUUAGUGCUUAUAUAAUAAAUGGUGUUUUUAAGUAGUCUCGCGCUUUUUCAACUGUUUUCUUACGCGUUUUUUCAACGAUAAACGCUUAAAAGUAGGUCAUCUUGUAUUUCAGUUAUCCCAGUUGUAAGCAAGAUGUUUUUUUUUUCCUCUUCCUCUUCUUCUUCUUUUUCUAGUGGUGCUGGGAAGUCGACCUUAAUGAAUGUGUUGGCGCAACGAAAUAUCGGCCAAAUGGAUGUCACUGGAACCGUGUUAUUGAAUGAUUGUCCUAUUAGAUCAGAGAUGACUUCGAUGUCUGCAUAUAUUCAACAAGAAGACCUUUUUGUGGGAACUUUGACUGUAAGGGAACAUCUUACUUUUCAGGUGAGUGAUUUAAAAUGCUAAACGAUUUUUUUCGAAACCAAAGAUGGCAUCUUCCAACUUAGUGAAAUAGAUGGAAUUCGGAACAGCCUGUAAACAGUACGUAUAAGAUACCAACAAAACACUUCCGUCUUAUGCAGAGCCAAGAACCACUUGAUGCUUCUGAUCGCAUGAGUGGGCAUUGAGAUCCCUGAUGAUGGUGUUGCUGAUAAAGAUAGUAAACGUACUUAACAGGACGGGGUAAAAAAAAGAGGAACGCAGCCAAACAUUGUGUGAAAUGCGGCGUGACAAUAUUUUGUUUGAAAAACAUUUCCUCCAAGUUUCACUUCCCUUUAAACAGAUCUUUUCGUAAAAGACCAUUGUAGUACUGCAUAUAUACAGUAUAUUUCUGUAAUUUCGUGAUCUUCCUAAUAUUAAAACCUGAUGAAGGCUGGUAUUGGCCACGCGAAAUAUGUAUCCUAACUAGUCUUUGAUCAGUCCUGGCAGUUUUCUUUUUGACAAUAUAUAGGGCCGUUUUAAGACGCGUCUUAUAUAGGACGCGUCCUAAAUAAGAAUCAAACUAUCCCGUAUAAACGGCACAUUUCGUUUGAAAUUUAGCUAAGACGCGUCUUAUCUAAGAACAGCCCUUCACACCUGUUCUUCGAUAAGACACGUCUUUGUUAUAAAGUCGUGUCUUAAUGUGCCGUUUAUACGGGAUAGUUUGGUCUUAUUUAGGACGAAUCUGAUGAAAGACGCGUUUUAUUUUUCUUCGUAUAUUUUAUUUACACUUUUUAUUAAUUCUGACUGAUCGCGAUCUUUUUCGAUUCAACGUUGAGCAAGUUUGGUCGUACAAAGUUUCUUGCAGUGGUCUUACACCUUAACUUUUCAUCUGAGGAAAUUAAAGUACGACAAAACACGCAAGUAGUAGCCCUUUCAGGUUUUUCACGCAAACGUUUUGCCGUCCUCUUCUUUCUGCCUUCCUGUUACGUAAGCUCACUAAUGUUAUCAUUAUGAAAACAGUGAUGAUGAUAAUGAUGAUUAUGAUGAUAAGGACGACGAUGAUGGUUACGAUGAAGACGGUACACUGAUUAUAAUGAUGACACCUUUCUCUUGUUCUGAUUCAUUCUGUUUCUGAAGGCUUCCCUGCGUAUGGACGGAACUGUUUCCCGUGAACAACGGAUCGCACGAGUCCAAGAAGUGAUGCUUCAGGUAACAAAACACAGGAAGUAUCGUUUGUUGGGGAGGAUACCCAAAAAUAACAGUGACGACAAGGGGGUGCGAAUGGGGCCAAUAGGCUAUUUCCAAGUUCCCCUGGGCCUCAGUUUCAAAACGAGGGUAGGUGCUCAGCCUUUGAUAUGGAAACCAUUUUUCAUUCUCAUCCAAAUAAAACUCAUUUUCACAAGAAAGGUUGAGUACCUAGCCUCCUUUUGAAAGUGAGGGUUUUUGGAACUCGGAAGUGGCCUAUUUGUUAGUUUCCAUCAGCCAAGGAACGUGAUCCAAAAGGGUCAUUUUGUCCAAGCAUAAAAAUCAGUCAAAAAUUAUCUACCAAGAAUACAACCUAAGAGGACGUAAGAGCCUCACUCCUACCUACCCUACCACACUCAUGGGAUACCUUCUUUCAAUCUACUUCGCAUCCAUUCCACCGUUUGGCGUGCUAACGACAAACGAUGGACCAGGGUCGUUGUUUCUUGCAGAGCUCUAAUUUGUUUCACUUGUGCUUCUUUCAAAGUUUGGUCUGACUAAAUGCGCUGAUACUUUCAUUGGAAUACCAGGACGGCUGCAAGGAAUUUCGGGUGGAGAAAAGAGAAGGCUCUCGUUUGCUUCAGAGGUAUCAGUUUGUUUACCAAGUAUAGUUUCAAUUCAAGAGUAGACUAUUUAAAUUUCGAGAUAUAGGGUCGCGUUGGGAGAGGUACCGGUGUCGUGGGUGGUUUGGCUGAUUUAGUUCGAACAAGACUACUAAGAGUCCUGUAAGACUGUGCCAGCACUUCUUCCUCUUAGAGUGCCUGAGUGCCUUUAAAUUUCAGCAGUAGCAAAUCUAGCGGAGGGGCCAAGGAGCGGGUAGGCGCAGGGGCGACUGGGUAUCGGCACUCGAAUACCCAAAAUGUAACAGUUUACCCAAACGUCAUUGUUGAAACAUGAGCUGAGCAGCGAGUGCAAAGCAGUGACUGUCCCAUGACUAACAAAAGCGGUGUUCACACAGGGACCCGCUGUCCGCUUCUGUACCAAAGUACCAAGUACAAGGUCUCCGCACCUUGGCCGAAUUCUAGCGUGGGUAUUUGGUAAAAAGGGUGUGUUCACAUUAGCACUUGGGCAAUGUGCCGAGCACUAAAUGUGAACGCUGGAUUAGAGCCUAGAUGACCGGGGGCCUCUUAUUUGAUGAUCCGGAAUCCUCCGAUGAUUAGUGAAUAAAUGAGCGAAGGCUGCGCAUUCUCCUUAGUUAUUUCAUUACCCUGACUAUUGGUCAGAGCGGGAAUCACACCUGGGCUAGUCUGGAUUGAAGUCUUGUUCCCAACCAACUGAACAAACUACUUUAUCUUUAAUUUUGUACAUCAGAUCAUUACAGACCCGCCCUUGCUGUUCGCUGAUGAACCUACUUCCGGUCUUGAUUCGUUCAUGGCACAAAAUUUGGUUGCAACAAUGCAGCAGCUUGCUGAUCAAGGAAGAACAAUCAUUUGCACCAUUCAUCAGCCUUCCUCUGAAGUGUACGCCAUGUUUCACAGGUACAGUACGUUGAUAUGUGAAAAGAGGACAAGGUGAAAUAACUUAUAUCAAGUUAUCAAGUUAUCAUAGCUAAUUAAGUCAACAUAUUAUCUUAAAGAGAGGCCCGCCCCAAGUUCCAGACCGUUGCUAUUUUUUAUACCAUUUUUUACCCAAAGGGUAGCCCUUUCAUGUACCUUCUAUUAAUAAAAAGGAACACGGUACUGAAUAAUGUAGACUAAAUCGCUAAAAUAGAAACUCUUCAUGUUAAUUAGUUUCACGUUUAAUAAAUUGAAAUUAUUUAGCAAGAAAAAGCGUCGUUUGGACUUUUAAAGUACUUUCUACCCUUUCAUAUACUUGAACUUGCGAAUUCCUACCUUUUGGUAUAACUCGCUUUGAAAAAAAAGCCCCCCUUUCGGGUGGAUCCCCACCGUAUAUCCCCGCCAUUAUAAAGAGUGCCCUUUCCCACCCUAGAAAUCAAGUAUACUUACACAGGACUGUGUGCCUUAAGUAAGUAACAUAAGUAAGCAGAAGAUAUUCUGACUGCCUUUAUUCCACUAAAGUUUAUUGAAUUGAUCUUAAUUGUCUCACUUUCACACUCGACAGAACUCAUUUCCUAAUGUUUUUUUCUAUUUUAAUUUUUUAUUUUAGUAUUUUGAUGCUAGCUGAAGGUAGAAUUGCCUUUAUGGGAUCCACGGAAAAUGCCAUCCACUAUUUUAAAUGGUACACUACAAAAAUAGUGUUUACAUGUUGAACGUCAUUUAUGGGUUUCAUACUUAAGUUUUACCAAGUUUAAGUUUCGUACUGUUUUCGUUGAAUGUCGAGAACGUAUAGUCAUUUUUCAAUGUAUAAUACGUUUUAAUGUGUAACAUUGAUAGAGAGUUUAUAUUCUAUUGAUAAUUUAGUAAAAUAAUUUAUUCAAAGCAGUAAGGUUUUUUCAUGUAAGUAUGUUUUGGUACUUUUAAAGGGAGUGACAUGCCUAUUUUUGCCAUUAUGAUAGCAUUCUUUUGGAAAAAAAGGAAUAUAAACAAAGAGAAAUUUUUCUUGACUUUUCGUAAUCAGACUUAAUUACGAACUUUUUGUUUAAAUCAACUGGCAAUGUUGUUAUUAGUCAAAUAUUGUAAACUUUAAUCUUUUUUUUUUCUUUAUACGUCUAUAAUGUUUUUGGUACUAAAGGUACUAUAUACAGUAUAUGCUAUGAGUACUACAGAAAAAGAAUUGGCCUAUCUAUCGUCUGCUGCUAGGUAGGCCGGUGUAAGCAAGCAACACAAAAAAAAAAGACAUAACUUUUGAAAACUGUACUCUUGAAAACCCUGUUUCCUUUCAUUUUGCAUUGGAUUCACAUUCAAAUUCUUAGGUACCACAUUACAAAGCCAAAAUCUCUUAGCAUUGCUCUUUUAACUCGUACAUUGCUUUCACUCACAGCUUAGGUUAUACUUGUCCUGACAACUUUAACCCAGCUGACUUCUUUGUCCGUACCCUGGCCAUCAAGCCUGGCGAUGAAGAAAACUGCCGCAAGAGAGUUAAGGUUGGAAUAGCACUGAUUUUUUACACAUUGUAUAGUCAUUUAAGAGUCUGUGUUAUGGCUGGCUACUUCAUUUUGUUCAUAGCGCCAGUACAGGUCCGUACUUCCUAUAAAACUUUGGUGAAUGACAAUCAAAUUUUGGUAAUACAAAACGUAAUCCAGUGAUUUUUAGCUACAUACAGAAGCCGAGAUAUUUAGGACUAAGGUCAUAGGGUUUUUUUGCUACGCGUCUUCUCCCUCUCUUACAAAGCCUGACUCUAACAAAAAUUGCCUGCACCCUCCCCUCCCACUUCAGUGACAGGGGAAAUAUAUUAAUAAACUGUGUGGUAAAAAAGAACAAAGGCAGUGAAAAGAGUCAGUCAGUUUUAUCCAUAAGAAUUGUUUUGAGCUGUUUUUAUCAAUCAUGCACUAUUUUGAGGAUAUCUCACGUUUGUCGUACACAUGACUUUGGCAACCACUUUUUCAUGUCAUUUUACAUCUGUUAAAACUGAAGAAGACCUAAUUAAAAAAGGCCAAACAAAAAAAAGCAACCAUUAUGACUUUUCUCUAGUGUGUAUACUCUAUCCACUCUUGGUAUACGUAAAGGAUUAGAAAAAGAAAAAAAAACGAACAAUGAAAAUGUACUCCUUGUUCAGUUCUGUCAGUGUUGUUUAAUAAGCAUUGCUAAACUUCUGUCAAGCCUAAGCCUCGUGCUAUACUAAUUGAUUUUUUUUGUUUGUUUUAGGACUCGUUUUCUGGUAAUGACUAUGCUGUACGUCGCUCACCGUAAGUAGUUCCCAGAAACGUUCAAAACUGCAUAUCCUUCCUGCAGGAUAUUUUGUUUAGAAAUCUCUAAAGCGUAAAGUAGAACACUACACAAACAUUCCUUUUCAGCUCGAGGGGGGAUAUAAGAAAGAAAAUCCACUCUCACGUUAUGAACCAUGGACAACCCCUUCAACACCACAAGGUCUUAAUGAGUGGGGACCCCUUACCAGAAGGCCUCAGAUUCCGCUAAAUAGGGAGUGUAAGCAAUAUUAGAGACCUUAAGAUACCCCGAAAUCGGUUUACGGGUAACGGGUAGUGCCAUGUUUUUUUUUUCAUUUUGUGGUGACGUCAUCGACAUUACCCGGUAGAACCAGCCGUUUUUCCGGGGUAGACACCAGUUUACCCGUAGAAGAUUUACGAGUAGCUGCAAGUCCUACAUGAUGGAGAAACGAGUAAGUUUUUAAGACUUUUUAAGUACAAAUGUAAAUUUCAUUUAAGAGUCUGUGUUAUGGCUGGCUACUUCAUUUUGUUCAUAGCGCCAGUACAGGUCCGUACUUCCUAUAAAACUUUGGUGAAUGACAAUCAAAUUUUGGUGAAUGACAAAAUCACGCUUUAUGUCUAACAAAGACAAGCCAAGCAAUGUAACAAACGUUACACAUGACAAAAAUGAACUUUGAAAAACUGUUAGGCUAACAAGCUUUCAAAACCCACAACUGCAAUCCGUUUCAAUCUUCUUCAAAAGUUUGUCAAUCCAUGCCUUCUUUUGUAUCUGCGGUGUUAAGUAUACCUUCCUUUAAUGUUUUCAGCGUUUCACUCAAUUUGGUGGCAGUUCCCACAGUCUGAGUUUUGACAAAUAUCGUAGCUCAAUCCUUUAAUUAUUUGAGAAGACACACGUCACACUUAAAGUGGCAACCCUGAUAAGGAAAACUUGUCGAGGAAAACAAAUUUUAUCACUGUAAGUGAAUCUUUACAAAUUCAGCCUCUCUGAUACGAAUCUUUCCUAUCCUUAGCUUAUCGAACAACCAGUGGAUGGAGCUCCCGCCCAGUCUUUGGGAGGUCAUAGCUUCGAAUCCAGUCGGGGACUCAGAUCUCUUCUUUGUCCCAUGCUCGUGAUCAUGCUGAUUAUUCAUCUUCACAUUUGUUUCACCGAGGUUAAAAUAAUACCAUCUUUCAUUCUUUGACCAAUAAGAUUCAUCUUUGACAAAACCGAGGCAUAGUCAGUUUAGGUGGCGGCCUCCAAGGUAUCUAGGAUUUACACAGUACCUGGGCCAUGUUCUCGAGCUCUUUUAAGUCUUUAAUGUUAAUAGUCAAUUAAAACCCAUAGAUAAUGCUUCAAGAAAUUCAAAGUGAAAUUCAGUCAAACUUCUGCUUAGAGAGAUUUAAUUAAAAUACAACGAACACAAUCAUCUGUAAAUACUAAACUGUAAGGCCGGAAGCUCUGUCAAUUGCAAACUUUCAAGCUCUCUCAACUGCACAUAAAUUAAGGUCAUAAGUUGUAUCUGUCGCCUCUAUUUUCUCGUACUUCUUGCAACCUUUCUUUCUAUUCUUUUUCUAAGCAAAAUAACCGAACCGUCAAGAUGAAGAACAUUAACUGUACGAGCUCAUGUUGUUCAUAUGUUAUCUAUCUUCUAAGUUACUUGUUCACUCCAGCCUUUUUUUUGUUUUGUUUUGUUUUGUUUGUUUGUUUUUUGUUUGUUUUUUUGUUUUUGGUUAAAUUCCAGACAAUUUGUGAUGCGUACACUCAAGAAAGUGCCGCAAACGAAACAAAACGUGCUAAAAAAGUUUUACAGGUGAGUAAGACAUAAAUCCGACCAAACUGGUUUUGCAGCACCGAAACUAAAAUGUUGCUUUCUCAAAGAGAGAUAUGGAAUUGUUAUGUGGACGGUAAAAAGCCAACGUGGAAAAUACUGAAAUAGGUAUGCAGACUAGGUUUGAGGUAUAUCGAGAAAGAAUAAAAUGUUUGACACUUUGAGAUAAUACAAAACGUAAUCCAGUGAUUUUUAGCUACAUACAGAAGCCGAGAUAUUUAGGACUAAGGUCAUAGGGUUUUUUUGCUACGCGUCUUCUCCCUCUCUUACAAAGCCUGACUCUAACAAAAAUUGCCUGCACCCUCCCCUCCCACUUCAGUGACAGGGGAAAUAUAUUAAUAAACUGUGUGGUAAAAAAGAACAAAGGCAGUGAAAAGAGUCAGUCAGUUUUAUCCAUAAGAAUUGUUUUGAGCUGUUUUUAUCAAUCAUGCACUAUUUUGAGGAUAUCUCACGUUUGUCGUACACAUGACUUUGGCAACCACUUUUUCAUGUCAUUUUACAUCUGUUAAAACUGAAGAAGACCUAAUUAAAAAAGGCCAAACAAAAAAAAGCAACCAUUAUGACUUUUCUCUAGUGUGUAUACUCUAUCCACUCUUGGUAUACGUAAAGGAUUAGAAAAAGAAAAAAAAACGAACAAUGAAAAUGUACUCCUUGUUCAGUUCUGUCAGUGUUGUUUAAUAAGCAUUGCUAAACUUCUGUCAAGCCUAAGCCUCGUGCUAUACUAAUUGAUUUUUUUUGUUUGUUUUAGGACUCGUUUUCUGGUAAUGACUAUGCUGUACGUCGCUCACCGUAAGUAGUUCCCAGAAACGUUCAAAACUGCAUAUCCUUCCUGCAGGAUAUUUUGUUUAGAAAUCUCUAAAGCGUAAAGUAGAACACUACACAAACAUUCCUUUUCAGCUCGAGGGGGGAUAUAAGAAAGAAAAUCCACUCUCACGUUAUGAACCAUGGACAACCCCUUCAACACCACAAGGUCUUAAUGAGUGGGGACCCCUUACCAGAAGGCCUCAGAUUCCGCUAAAUAGGGAGUGUAAGCAAUAUUAGAGACCUUAAGAUACCCCGAAAUCGGUUUACGGGUAACGGGUAGUGCCAUGUUUUUUUUUUCAUUUUGUGGUGACGUCAUCGACAUUACCCGGUAGAACCAGCCGUUUUUCCGGGGUAGACACCAGUUUACCCGUAGAAGAUUUACGAGUAGCUGCAAGUCCUACAUGAUGGAGAAACGAGUAAGUUUUUAAGACUUUUUAAGUACAAAUGUAAAUUGUAUGACUCCUUGGCAAUGUUAUUGCAAGCCUGUUCAAAUAUUUUUGCCAAAUUUGAAUUUUAGCUGUAAAGAAAGCGCUUUAAAAUGUAUUGAUUUUGGACCUCAAAUGCGCAGGUUGAACUCUGAAACGAUAUCAAGUUGUGGCGGUAUUUGGGGCGAUUUCUGAGAAUUGCUCGAACGUUUGAGUUUCGCAAAAGAAAUAGCAUUGAAAAAUUUAGCAUGGGAGUCACUGUUGAAGUUGACAAUCAAAGGAAUUGUUUGGUGAUGUGCCUCGAUCAAAUGGCGGGGUUUGCGAUAACAAGCUUUCGGUCGAGGGACUUCCCGCCAAGUUUCUUAAAACCUUUCUAUGAUAUUUCAAUAAGCUUAUGUAUGAAUGAAUUAUUUGUUGCAGCUUGUUGUUAAGAUAUGAAGUGUAGAAUUUCAGGGAGAUUUUGUAUGCAUUAAGCGAUAUGCAUGUACAAAGUUAAUUUUGCGUGCUUGCUCUUCGGGUAUCUUAAUCGAAAUAGUCACGCACAUGAACAUUUUACAUGUACGGGUACACUACCCGUACCCGUUCACCGAUAUCGAGGUAUCUUCAGGUCUCUAAUGACGUUUUUGAGCGAAGCGCGUUUACCGGAAAUGAGGCCUAUUCCCUUUCAUGUCUUAACGCUACCGAAUUUGUAUUGCUAAAUACGUUUAUAGAGACGAUUUGCCCAAAAAUGCAAAAUAUCCACUUCCGGUUGACGUUGGUCGCUCAAAAGCGUCUUUGCUUAAACUAUACUGAGUGUAUUCUGCAAUUAAUUGAUAUCUGCAAUGCAACUGCAGUUAAUCGCCCAAAGUGUUUUAAAUUCUUUUUAGGGAGCUAUGUCAUAAAAUUUCGUCAAAUUCAUGCACCUCGAACUAGCCAACAAUUUGAUCCAGAUAUAAAAAUAAUUAAUCGUAAGUACUUAAUGAAUUUUCAGUUAAAUUAAAGGGAAAGAAAAAAUGCUUCAUUAAUAUAGAAGAUAACAAAACAACACAAAAAACGAAAACAUUAUUAACUCCUGAACAAUCGACCGUGGACAUAUUGCGCUAUUUUUUAAUAGACUUAUUAAUUUUAGUUAAACUAUAAAUACAAGAAAAACAAUAGCUCUUAGGAAGAAAAGUAACAUACAAAAAUAACAAGGGGUUUAGCACUGAUGGAGUCACUAGUCUGAGAAAAAAAAAACCUACAAAUACAAAGUCGGACAAAACGUAAUAUUCACAACGUCCACAAUACAAGCUUUUCAUAAUUUUUAUUUUUUCUAGGUACAAAGUGUCUUGGUUCCAGCAAUUUCGGUCUGUUCUCUGGCGAUCCUGGCUUACAAAUAACCGUGACUCCACAGUCUUCAAAAUGCGAUUUCUUCAGAGUAUAGUAAGUACCCUGCAUUCAUGAACUAUAUUUUGUGUUUGAAAUGAUGAGUCUGAGAAAAACUAGAGCUAGUAGCUUGCAAUUCCCCAUUUUGCCUCUUGCAAGUAACUAACUAGACUGAGAUGCAUCCAUUAUGACAGGCAGUCUACGUUAGCUUAAGAAAACAGCCGAAAUUUUGGGACACCACCACUAGUUUCCCCUAGAAAUUAGGUCUGAGAGAAGAGCGCAGAAAUUCCAUCGUAGCGGAGCUCUCGCGCCAGAGGAGCACCAUGUGUAAGAAAAUGAAGUUAUCUACCCAUCCGAGAAAAAUUUGGUAAUCACGUGACUGUACACCGACCGACCGACCGCCCGACUGUCCGUCUGCACCACAGGCAUACCAAUGUAAAAUAACUCAAUCAACAGGUAUGGCAACCUAAAUGUAACUCGAGGUUAUUUUGGUGGGAAAUCGCAUAGCUACCGGCGUCUUGUAAAGCAGAGACAACUGAAGAGUCAAUAAAGACAAAAACGGAAAGCGGAAAUUGUUUCUGUAUCCGUGUUGUGUAAGGUAUUUAGUUUAGAUUAACUGCCAUGUCCACAAAUUUGGAAUAUAGAGCAGGAGAAAGACCGAGAAAAAGAGAAAGUAGGCGGCAGGCCAGCGAAGCUCAACGAGAAAAAGGGCGACAGAGCUGGAGGUCUAGAGCGAGAGAUAAAAAACAAAUGAGACAGUUUUUUGUUGGAAACACAACAUGAAAAUUUUCUAGCGGUGGUGACAAAAUGGGAAAUGUUAGCGGCCCCCAAUGCAAAGUGAAAAUGAGCGGCAGUAAAAAAAAAAAUGAACGAGAACACGUACGACAUUUCCUCAAUAAAACGUGUAACUAAGAAGUUUCUGCAAGUUUCACCUUGUAGUCGUGCAAAACAACGGCAAAGAAAUGUACACAAAAGUGUGCUGCAAUUGCAAAGUUGCUUUUUUUGCUAAUUAGACCUAUUGUUGUUUUUCACCGUUCUCCGCCGUUGCCUUCGCCUCUUAGCAUUACACGAUUUUAUAUUUUUUUUGAACAAACUAUAAAUAUAAUCGAGAGCUUCGCCUUUAGCCCUGGCUAAAUUAAUAUAUUAUAGAUGACUUGAAGGUGUCACAAGAAAGAAAUCCUUUCUUGAAAUAACAAAGGAAUAUUUCGCGUGAAGAUUAGCCGUUCUUCGCUCUCUAUUUGAUUUCUGUAUGCAGUUGUUUAGGGUUCUUUUGCCAUAGGGGUAAUAAAUUGGUUUUUCUGCUGUUAACAUAAUACUUUCAAAAAUAUCCCUAAGACGAAUCAAAAAUGAAACAAAAGUCAGAUGGAUUUAAGAAUCAUUUGGUUGUGAUUUAUUAAACAUUUUACAAGCAACCUUUAGCCGUCAAGUUUGGCGAGGAUUUCAUCUUUAUACAUUGAACGUUGUCCAGCGUUGCCCAAAUUGGACUGGAGUACAAAUGUACAUAUGAACGUGAAUAGAGAUUCCUCUUUUUUUUUUGAGACCAGUCUAUCUAAGAGAAGUGUUUGCCUAAGAGAGGUACGGUAAGAGAGACCAGGCUUGAGUUAAUCCUAAUGAUAUCUCGCCUCAGUUUUCCACGUAUUAUUUCUUAUGUGGCUGGCUGUAACUGUUAAACCAUUUUAAGUUUGCAGGACUUAUGACUGGACUCUUUUUCUUUAAAUCAUGUGGUGGUCAGGAUGGCAUUUAUAACGUCUUUGGUGUAAUGUUCUACCUUAUUACGUCGACUUCAUACAUUCAGAUCUACUCAGUCGUAUUUGUAAGUAGUGUUUAAAUGAGUUAACGCGGGAACGUGAGCGCGGGAAUCGAUUGAAUCGUGGGGAGUUUAUAGUCUUUUAUAAAGACAUGUGCUGCAGCUAUACUAUACCAUUGUCCCUACUUUUUCUUCAUACGAUACUGGAUAUGUCACCAAAACGUUUCGACGGUAAGGAGCUCCCUCCAUGAUUUAGUUGUUUGCAAUUUAUACUUUACAUGUAUGUUAGCAUUGUAUUUCGUGUUAGGUAUUUUAAGAUGUGAAAAAGGAUCACUUGGAAUACGUACAUACCAUAGUAGCUUAAAACAAUCUCAAUGAGGUGAUUUAUUCUAGAAUUACCACGACAUAGCAAAUCUCUACUUGUUUUGACCAGACAUUUCCAGAGGAGCGAAGGGUAUUUUUAAGAGAUAACCAUAGUGGGAUGUAUCGAACGGAUAUUUACUUCCUUUGCAAAACCUUUGCUCAGGUAAGCGUCAGAUGUGUUCCAGACACACCACUUAUAUUUAAAAAAUAACUAAAAUAGCACGCGCGCUCUGAUUGGCCGAGAGGUGUGUUUGCAUGAGAGUCAAGUAAACAUGGUUGUGACGUCAAGAUGUUUUGCUUUUCUCCCGCUAAUCACGCAGGCACGAAUUUGAAAAAGUUUUUGAGUUGAAAACUCGACAAGUUUACUUUCUUUACCGAUUCCCACGUCGGCUGAAACUUGGAAAAUCUGUAUAAACAUGCUGUGUCAAUUUUUUUCGCUUAAGCUGACAUUUAAGCGAGAAAAAUCCGUAUUUUGGAAAGCAGCUUUUUGCAAAACAAAAACUGAUUACGCGUGCAAGACUACGUGUACGAGAAUUCGCACCAGUGUAAGAAUUUCUCUUUUAAUCAGUGCCAUAACAAAGAAUUUUUUUUGUCUUUUCUCGGGAAAGUUGAUUUGUAAAAGCAAUAGAAAACUUUUUUUCUGUAUUUACAUAGCCUGAUAUAAACACUCGACAGUAGUUAUGCAAACCCUCGACUUCGUCUCGGGUUUGCAUACUGUCUCAAAUUCUCCCAACCCCUCUCCUGUUUAUAUCAGGCUAUGCAAACACAGAAAACGUUUUCUAAUGCUUAAAAAAUCAUUAGAAAUCGUGGAAGUGAUUUUGUCAGUACUAAAUUGUUUAGCCAAUUUUAAGCGUACAAUUCGAAAUAUGAACAAUUAACUAAAAUCACACUAUCCCGCCCUGUUGGUAUUUUUAAGAUUUUUUGAAUUAACAUUUAGCCUUUUUGAACCAAACAGGCCAUAAUUUUCGACUCGGCACAUUGUUUGUUCUCCCAGAAAUUUUUCUCGUAUGUCCUGCAGGUUGCAUACAUAUAAAUGCAUCGUUAUUUUUCAUAUAAAUUCAGCCAGGAAUAGACAGUUUUCACUCACGUGACCAGCCUAUACAAAUUUAUCGGAACAAACGAAAGCGUCACGUAAGAAAAGAGUUCGACUCCCAUGGGAUUGGUUUGGAACACCAACAUGGCCGCCGUUUCAUCGUUUAAUUGGAACACAAAUUUAUGGCCACCGUUACGUCAUAUGAAAACUCUCUACAUUGUGUUGCAAGCUACUAUAUUUUGAAAAAGUUUUAAUCCCUAUCUAACAACUUCAUAGGUACCUCAAUUUGUUUUUGGCCCUCUUUUGAUGAUUGCUAUUGGAUACUGGAUGGCAGGUAGGUUGAUACAGAAUCCCCUCAUUAUGUUUUAGACACUAAUUAUCCCGGCUGUUUUUAACUUGCUGUUAGUUAUUGUUGUUGGUUUGUUUUCCUUUUCUUUGAGAGCUGAACAGCUGGUCUUCAUCAAUCACCAUCUUCAGAAAAAAAAUGUAUAGUAAAGUAUAAAGCAAAUUGAUUUCAACCGAUAUUUUAUUUGGCAUCUUUUAAGCUUGUUCUUAAAGUUCAUACAUUUCUUAAUUCGAAAUUUGCAAUUUGUAGGUUUGAGGGCCGAUCCUCUAAGGUUUCUUUUCGCUUACGGAAUACUUGUCUUGGUCAGUAUGGCCUCUGUUUCUUACAGUAAGUAUGUUUUACGCAUAUGGUCUUGAGGUAAAUGCAGUAAUAAGUGUAGAAAAAUUGGUGCUUUCUUUAUAUAAUGUUAGCGUGCGUAGCGGGCCCCUCGAAGUAAUGGGCGCAAGAAAGAACGAAGCGUGAGAGAGACACGCGUGUCUCGCUCGCAUCCCCAUUAAUUCUUUCUUGUGCCCAUUACUUCCAAGCGCCUGCCACGCAGGCUAAUGAAAUGUUAAAGCUAUGGACAUUUCCUGCGGCUGAAAAAAGCAUUUACUCAGGUUGACGAAAUAUUUUACUUCAUAUUGUUAACUAAGAAAUUUCAUUCAAAAAAAAGAAAAGAAAAUGAUCUUAACAAAACAUUAUUUUUUUCAUAUUGUUAACUAAGAAAUUUCAUUCAAAAAAAAGAAAAGAAAAUAAUCUUAACAAAACAUUAUUUUUUAGACAUUUCUGCUGGAGUUUUCUCUAGUAAAGACAUUAGAUAUCAAUAUUUCUACGUCGUGAAUGUAAUAGCUGGAUGCAUGGAAGAGGCCAAUAUCACAAGUUCACGCGGUUAGUCGUAAUAGGCCCUUUCAGUUGGUAAGUCACGAGGUACCAAACCGCCCUACUGGCAGGCAAGAAACGUAUUGGGGUAAGGAAAAUAUGGAGCCCACAUAAUUUACAAUGGUGAUUUUAAGUAUCCAAAGCAUAGCGUUUUUGUACAAUGUGACUAACCUCGCCUGUGAAGGCCCUAAAAAUGGCUGCAAAGCUAUCUUUUAUCUAUUUUAGCAUACGUCAUCUCGGCUUUUGCGCCAACCUCGUCAGCCUCUAUUGCUAUCAUCGAGCCCAUGGUUCUACCAUUCUUACUUCUGGGCGGAUUCUUCAAGGACAACACGUGAGUCUAUCUCUUUUACGUCCUGUUAAUUUGAGGUAACGGAAGAUUUAUACCUGCAAAUUUUGCCGUGACUUCGUCACUCUUAGUUUCCACUGCCAGUUUUGGUGUAAUCCUUUUGAUUGAUUUAUCGUACUUUUAAGUACACGUCGCAAAAUAUAGUAGUUACUUGUAGCUGAAUGAAAAAUCAUCUUAAGUAUCAAUCGCCUAGGGUCAAGUAUUGUUUAAUAUGUAACAUUUGGUUUUGUAUUGCAGAACCUUACCAUGGUGGUUAAAGGUUGUGCAAUUUUUUUCCUGGUGGAACUACGGAUUUGAGGCAAUGGCUAUCAAUCAGUGGGACAAUUAUGGAAACAUAAGUAGGUUAUUCAUUCAUUCAUUCAUCCGCAUUUAUUUAUUUAUUGUUUGUUUGUUUAUUUAUUGAUUUAUUUGUGUACUUUAAGAACAUCGUGACUCGCUGCGAGUAUCGAUUCCCUUUUUCUAUUUUGCCUCUACCAGAACAACAGUAGAAGUUUUCCUUCUACAUAAUGCCGUUAUGUCCCAGCUCAUGUUUUUCGACCAAGGGCGAACAAGUUUUCUGCGUCAUAUACUUGAGCUGCGCCUAGCUAUCUAUACACUGAUUGCGAUUCUAGAACUGGUACAAUAGGGUUAUGCUCAAAUACACCACUGAUCCGUUCGAUGUUAUGUUACAAAAUUAAUUUUCCAGUAUUUUGCCUCGACAUGAUUUUCUAUGAGAAAGUAAACUCUUCCUGUCCGUUACCCAGUUAAAAUUUACCCUUAUUGCUGGUAAUUAGUAUAGACUAAUUAAUACUGAAUACGAAACACUAAGAGAUAGGAGUAAUUUGCAGUGUACAGAAGGCCAUAAUGGCCGUUUUUACACAAGAGACGGAUUAUACAUUCUUCUAAGUCGUACAAUCCGUCUUUAAUAUUAAAACCAAAAUUAUCAGUCUGACGCGAAUUAUCCAGUUGAUCCGCCACCCCUCUGAGACGAAUUAUCCGUCCCUAGUGUAAAACGGCUAAUGCCUGCUAUCGUACUUUCCUCGUACCUCAGUUUAACGUUGUUGUUCUUGUUAUGCAGCAUGCAGUUUUAAAGGCAAAGCAUCACACCUGCCGUGUAUUGGCAAUGGGGAAGAGGCUAUCGAGUCCCGCGGCCUGGAUAAGGUAAAUAUCGAUAAUAAAAAGUAAUUAUUAUUCAUUCAAAAUAUUUCCCCGAUUCUGAUUGGCUAAAAGCACUCGCAUAAUUCACCAUAACCAGCCACUGAUGACCAAAUUUGGAAGAAUUUAGUGUUUAAUGAACCGAUGACGUCAAAAGUGCAGCCUUCGUUUAGGUUAAUGCAUCGUUAACCGAGAAGACCUGGGGACGAGGUUAAGUUGUUUUGUUUGUCAAAACAAAAAUGGCGGACAUUUCACUCGUUUCAAGAGUGAGAACUAGGCGAAAUAAUAGCUAAAAGCAUGGCAAGAACAGCAAGAAGACAACUCGAAGGGCGACAUCUGCUAUUUGGAGUUUAUUUGCGGAGCUGAACAACCCUAAACGUGAACUAUCGAAGAUAAACUUAACAUCGAUGGAGAUAAGCAUGUUUUACCUAUGUUUUUAAACUAGAAAUUAUUUUGAAUGAAUAAUAAAACAAUUAUUGAAUUCGGCUUUCGUUUCAUAUGAAGAAUUAUGGAGAUCUCGGAGGGCAUAAUCCGCCUCGGUCUACGGCCUCGACGGAUAACAUCCUCCUCGAUCUCCAUAAUUCUUCAUGAGAUAUUCAGCCUCAUUCAUUAACUGUUAAAUAAUCCAUGGAGCAGUCGACAUGCCUGUAUUACCACCUGAGGUGGAAAAUGGCUUGAAGAGUUCGUUUCGCCAAAAUUUGUGAUACUUUGAAUGAAAGCAAUUAGAAAUCAAUCACGAAUUACUUACUAACGGGCUGGUCUUAUUCUUAGUUGCUAUAGUAUAAUUAUACGAAAGCUGUUUUUAAAUGUCUUUAAACGAAGAUUUGGAGGGAAUUAUCCCCUAAAACUUGAAAAGGUGGAGCAGAGGUUAUCACGUUCAAGUGUGUCGCUCAAAAACCCUUGUAGUGUCGGAGGCGAUUAAACACACGUUUUGAUGAACACAACUAAUUUAAUACAUAAUCAAAAUGGCAGCUUCCAGGAGCACCCAACGAGAAUAUAGGUCAAAACCACUUAAACAUGGUAUUGUUAAAAGCAUUUUAGUAUUUAAACGGUAGAUAUAGGCACAUUUUUAUCCCACUAAAAAUUUUAAAUCUGUUCGGAUUACCUAGCUGAAAGCUUAGUGAUCCGAAAAUUAUAGAGAUCAAAACUUACGUUUUCGAAAAUUUCAGCCAGAAUAAAGGCUCCCGAAAAUUCUAGGUGACCUUUUUAGGGUAAAAAUCCGUUUAAAAUGGGCAAUUAUACGAUUUUUUAGAUGUUCGAAAAUCCUGGGAGAGGCAGGCAAGCAAGAAAUUUUACAACAAAUGUUCCAAAAAUUCUAGAUCUCAAAUCGUCUUCCGAACAGAUAUCUUCCGAAAAUUGACGUUGGGUGCCCCUGAGCUUCUACAGCAACUGAUACCGAGCACAUGGUCAUGCCCAAAUACAGGUAUACCAUAUAAGGUUUUACGCUACAACCCUCUUUUAAGGGAACAGUAGCUGCAAAAGCAAAGUUUGAUGGGGAAUAAAAAAAUGCUUCAAUGGCAAGAUGGAUGUGUCAGCAGUUUGAUAGGGGAGAGGUUUUGAGGGUGUGAAAAGGAAUGACUUAAAUGUGGCUAUGUUCCUAUUUGUCCUUAACUUGAAAAGGUAGAGCAGAAGUUGUCGAGUUUAACUGUGUCGCUCAAAAGACCUCGGCGAUAAUGAAUUGUGUCACGUUUUAUUUUUGUUUGACAGGAUCAUCUACUGAUUGACAUCUGUGGUCUGUUGGCUUUGAUUAUUGCCUUUCGCAUAAUAGCAUUCCUUAUUUUGUUGAGGAGCACUUACAGAAAACCGUAAAGCAGUAAAAGAAAUCUCCUCUACUUCAGCUCGGACAGGCAAAGAGAAAAGCCACUUCACGCGCGACUGAACGGCUGCUUCAUAGCACUUUUUACAAUUGUUUAUCGCGAAGAAAGAACAUUGCAGAGCAACACAUCAAGAAUAAAAUCUGAACUCUAAAUGACUAUUGAUAUUUUCACCAUAAUAGGUCAUUUUACAGAUUUUUAUGUAUGGAAGCGAGGCUGGAGUUGACCUUGUUUUGAAAUAACCUUCCUUCUUUGUAAAUCAAGUUAUUCUUAUGCUAACUUGUAUUUCGCAAGGACAAUUUCCAUAACAAAGCAAAGGUGGUUUGUGUCAAAACAAGAUUAACCUCAGCCUCACAUUCAUGAUCACAAGAAGGCUAGGGUACUAAGUCCACAAC